CGGAGAGAGGGUGGGGGCUCUAUAGCUUUUGUCUACCGUGACUAUUAAAUCCCGAUCAACUAAAUUACACCCCAAAUAUUGAUAUCAGUCCAUCUCUCGCGUUUUUUCGUCUCCUCUGAAAUCAAAGCUCUGCUCAAACCGGUGGCAUGUCUUUCCAAGGGAAGAAGAAUAUCCCUCGUUUAACGAGUGAUAAGCUCAUCAUUAAAGGUGGGAAAAUUGUAAAUGACGACCAGUCGUUUUACGCCGACAUUUACAUUGAAGAUGGGACCAUCAAACAGAUUGGGGAGAACCUCAUUGUACCUGUAGGUGUGAAGACAGUGGAUGCAUAUGGGCACAUUGUAAUACCAGGGGGCAUCGAUGUUAACACCUGUCUGCAGGCCCCUCAUCUGGGCAUGACCCCAGCAGAUGACUUCUACCAUGGAACACGUGCUGCUCUGGCUGGAGGAACCACCAUGAUCAUUGACCAUGUCGUGCCUGAACCGGGAUCUAGUUUAAUGGCCGCUUACGACCAGUGGAGGGAUAUGGCAGAUAUGCGGUCGUGCUGUGACUACUCUCUGCACAUCGACAUCACACGUUGGCAUGAUGGUCUAUUUGAGGAACUGGAGACUCUGGUCAAAGAUAAAGGGGUAAACUCCUUCCUCAUCUUCAUGGCUUAUAAGGACAAGUAUCAGAGCUCUGAUUCACAGAUUUAUGAGAUGUUUGGUGCUAUGAGAGAGCUGGGGGCCAUAGCACAGGUUCAUGCUGAAAAUGGUGACAUAAUUGAGGAGGAACAGAAGAAGCUUUUAGAGCUGGGAAUUACUGGCCCAGAGGGACAUGUACUGAGUCAUUCAGAAGAGGUGGAGACUGAGGCCGUGUAUCGAGCCAUCACUAUUGCUAAACAGGCCAACUGCCCCCUCUACAUCACAAAGGUUAUGAGCAAAUCAGCUGCUGAUGUCAUUGCCAAGGCCAGGAAAAAGGGCAUGGUCAUCUACGGGGAAUCACUCGCAGCCAGCCUCGGCACAGAUGGAUCACACUAUUGGAGCAAAAACUGGGCCAAAGCUGCCGCAUUUGUCAUGUCCCCGCCCCUUAGCCCUGACACGAGCACUCCAGAAUACCUCAGUUCACUAUUGUCCUGCGGGGAUCUUCAAGUAACAGCCAGCGCCCACUGCACCUUCUCCACGGCACAGAAAGCUGUCGGAAAGGACAACUUCACCCUCAUUCCAGAGGGAACCAAUGGCAUUGAGGAACGGAUGAGCAUCGUCUGGGACAAAGCUGUGGCAACAGGUAAAAUGGACGAGAAUGAUUUUGUUGCAGUAACCAGCACAAACGCUGCAAAAAUCUUUAACAUGUACCCCCGGAAGGGCCGAAUCGUUGUUGGAUCUGAUGCUGACAUUGUCAUCUGGAACACAAAGGAGACAAAAGUUUUCUCUGCAAAAUCUCACAAUCUGACAGUGGAGAUGAAUAUUUUUGAGGGCAUGGAGUGCCGAGGGUUCCCUGUAGUGGUCAUCAGUCAGGGCAGGAUCGUUCUAGAAGAUGGGACACUGAAUGUGACUGAGGGUUCAGGGCGUUUCGUCCCCAGAAAAGCCUUUCCCGACUAUGUCUACAGGAGAAUCAAAGCCCGAGGCAGGAUGGCUGAUGCUCGUGGUGUCCCCCGGGGAAAUUACGAUGGCCCAGUCCAUGAUGUCAUCAGUAUGACCAAAUCGGUACCAGCCACGCCAACCACUAGGGGACCCACUUGUCCAGGAAAGAUCCUAGUUGGACCAGCUAGAAAUUUGCACCAGUCUGGGUUUACUCUAUCUGGCACUCAAAUGGAUGACCACAUCCCCAGGCGUACAGCACAGAGGAUCGUAGCGCCCCCUGGAGGCCGUUCCAAUAUCACAUCCCUCUCAUGAGCUUCAAGCAGAGGAUCCAAGCAGCAACAUUUCCUUCUUUCGGCUUCCAAUUUUAUAUUACCGUUUCAUGCAAAUACUUAACCUAAUAACUCCAUAUACUCACCCAUGACCUCUGCCAAUCCAAUAGGCUAUGCAGCAAACUAAAUAUAGCUUUCCAUAUAUUCAUUAUCUCUGUGUGAUCAACCUGCCUCAUUGUUCUCUGGUCAGACUCACUAAUAAUGUAGCAUGUUCUUUGGAUCAGUCACCCAGACUGCAUUAUGCUGUAGCGUAGCAUUGACGGCGUUCAGACUGCUAUAGUGAUCAUUGUGUUUGUGAAGUUGAACUACUGAAUGGGUCCCAUUCUGUUACUGCCUUUAAAACAAGUGCUUUCCUCAUGCUGAUAUUUAGGGGGCUUUCACACUUAGUUCGAUUGCCUGUUCCGAACCAGAGUUCGAUUGCUCCCCCCUCCCCCCGAUGGACUGUGUUCACAUUAUAUAUUUGUAUCCGAACCGCGGUACGCUUGCGUCAUGAAGCUGCAGCUGGUGCGUAAUCGUGUUGCUUGAUAACCGCGAAAUGAAAAGGCGUCAAAAUUCAAUGAAUAGACUUGCUCGGUUCACAUUUGUUCUUCUUUUUUUUAACCUUUGGUUUUGUUUUCAACAUCAAGAUACAGAAACACACUUGCGUUUGUCUGCCGCAAAAAUACUGAAAUCGUUCAAAAGACAGCGGGCUGUCCGCCGAAGACAAUUUUUGCGAAGGCAAGCAGAAAUCAUCUCUCUGCUUGCAGUGCGUGUGCGUCAAUCCCGCUUUUCGUCAAGGUAAGUGUAUUUACACACACACACACGCGCACACCUGGCGUUCCAUACACACGUGCACGCACGCACGAAAGUAAACCCUUUUCGCUCAUUUUGAAAGUGACGCGUGUGAGACUGACGACCACAUUAUACGUCAUCAAUAGCGGUUCAAUUCCGCGGUUUGGUUCGAUUGCGUUCAUAUCAGCAGCGAACCGUACUGGAGUUCACAUGAAGCGGACUCGAGUACGGUUCGCGGUUGCGCACCCGAGUUCGGAAGACAGCGUUCACAUCAUCCAAACGAACCGAACUCUGACGUCAUUCGAACCGGGGUGCGCAGCAAAAGUGCUAGUGUGAAAGCCCCCUUAGAUUCAAACUCUAGUUUUAAAGCUGAAGUGUGUCAUUCCUAAACCACAAGUGGCAUCAAUAGGAAUUAUGGAAUUGGAGAAAAUGUGAAAAGUAUACACUUUAACGGGCUCUGCUCUAUCUUUGAACUACCUAGUGAAGGUCUUAGUGCUGAAGUAUUAAGAAACCGGUUUAUCCAUGUUGCAUCUCUGUCGAUAGGGCUAAGGAUUACAAGUGCACUCAUGAUUUACAGUUACACUAAGUUGUCGUUGUGCUAAUACUCAAACAGCAAUGGAUCAGGCAAUUUUUAUAUGUUUCUACGAAAACAUUUGGUGCUCUCAAUAUACAGAUUAAACACAUGUCAAUGUGUUACUGUGAGGAACAGUCACUUUUUGAACACACUUUAUAAUUCUUUUGAGGGAAGGCCUUGUUUAUAUUCCUGUAAUGCAUUUUUAAUUCACUUUUUGUAGUCUUAACCAGUAUGUGCUGAAAACCUUCACUAUAUUAGAUGUCAAGACAUUUUUGUGAGAUAUCUCAAAGGUCAGAUGAGAGAAAACUGAUCCGUGGAUUGUCUUUUCUACCUUGUUCAUUCUGUAAAUAUGUUUUUGUUUUUAAAUUUUUGUGCAUGGUUUGCAUGUCGUCAAAUAAAA